GGGAGGUCAUUUUCACAGGAACCGGGCGCAUACACAUGGCAGUGCACCUAAGACGUAUUGUGGCCUUCGGUAUAGCAGGGCUUGGUCUACUGGUGCCACACUCAUCUGGUUUGACAUCGUUAGCCUACCAAUCUUACGAUGUCUCAGCAACGGAAACUGGAUCGACGGCGCCACGUGUUGGAUUGAUGGCAGUGUCGACUUGUGCUGCGUCAUCAGGGGCGUUCGAGUGCUCCGUCACACUCCUCCUCAUGCCAGGCAUGAGUUGUCGUCAAUGCUCGGGGGUAGCAGGGUGCUCAACGUGUCGCAGCUACCAGCUUAUGCCGCAGAAACGAUGUCGCAGAAUUCCUCCUACCACACCAGCAUCGACAACAACUAGCAACCAGACAGAACGACCGAUAAGCUCGAUAGAACGGCCAAUAACGCUACCGACAACACUUGAACCGACGAGCAUGUCGCCCCCUUUACGACCCACGACCACCCCCACUUCGAUGAGCACUCCAGAUGCCACGACUGCAACGACUGGUAUCGUUCCUUCCACCGCGGCACCACCUCCCAUCAGCACCGCCUCCUCCAUGACGAUAACACCCAUCGCAGUAUCAUUUACAAUUACCAAAGCCCCCACUGGCCUUACACCACCUUCAUCUGCCACGAUUACCUCCACUACUCCAUCGUUAAGUUCCACUACACAUGAUCGACAGUUCACCAGCGUCAGCACUCCACCACCAACAACUCCAUUGCCAACCGGGUCGGCUCAAGGGACUGCUUCACUCUCAACAACUCCUCCUUCACCAACCCAAGAACUCGACGACGAAGACGUGGAGUCAAUCGAUGAUCCGUCGGAGCCCACCAAUUCGACUGCCCCCCGUCGGUCCCGCAGUCCUCGUCGCACCAGCACCACUCCCCAGCCACCCACAAUCCCCCCCAACGCGUCUACAGCCGCCCCCAAUCAGCCCCCGGCGCCUACUGCACUCCCUGUCUUGUCCAGCGGGGCUAUCGCCGGCAUCGCCGUCGGCGCGGUGGUCAUCUGUUUGAGUGCCAUGGGGGGUUACAUGUGGAAGAAGACGAAGAAAGCGCACGCAGACGUGUACCGGGAAAUGCUGCUCAGCGACCACACCACGGGCAGUGGCCAGUACUUGGCGAUGCUUUAACCCGU